AUGAGUUGGAUAUCACAUCUCCUAGCGAUGUGCAAAGAGUCGCCGAUCAAAUUCGGCAGGACCAUGGAAACCCAACCGUCCCGGGAUCGGAUCAGUCAGGCCACCCGUAAGAUGUUUGAGGUCCAUAUCAUGGUUCACUUCAUCUUGGUGAAGCAAUUCUUAUCGGCAAUGAUCAAAUCAAACCAUGGACAUAUCGUGACGGUAGCGAGCAUGGCAUCAUUCAUGACACAAGCACAAAAUGUCGACUACGCUUGCACGAAAGCCGCAGUACUAGCCUUUCAUGAAGGACUGGGGCAGAAGCUUAAAUAUCGAUACAAGACCCCCAAAGCUCGAACAACAUCUUCGAAUUUCAAUGACUUUUGCCUCGGGCCGGAAACAGUUGCCGAUGUAAUAGUCAAACACCUUUACUCUGGUUAUGGCGGCCAACUUAUCCUUCCUGAGAGGCUAAGCAUUAUGUCCGGAGCGAGAGGUUUCCCUUCCUGGCUUCAGGAAUUCCUCCGGGGGACCAUGUCUAGAACACUGGAGGCAAUUAAGCACUGA